UAUAUUACAGCUCCAGAAAUAUCGAACCAAGGCAAUUUCAGGUCAAUUUUAUUAUAUCGAUGUAAAGGCGACGAAUAUUUAACAAAUCUAUUAAAAUCAGAGGGUCGUAAUAAAUAUAUAACUCCACAAAUUCAAAAUGAGAUAAUUUCAGCAUGUGGCAAUUUAAUCUUACAAACAAUUGUAAAAAAAGUUAACAAUUCUCAGUGUUUCACUGUCUUAGCAGAUGAAACUACUGACAUAUCUGUUACUGAACAACUUGCUCUUUGUGUAAGAUUUGUUGAUGAACAAAACAAUGUAAAUGAGUGCUUUCUUAAAUUUAUGGAAAUACAUAGUUUGACAGGAAAAAACUUGGCUGAUUCGAUUUUAAAUGGUCUAAUGAGUUGUGGAAUUGAUUGUGAAUUUUUAUAUGGGCAGGGAUAUGAUGGGGCAAGUAAUAUGUCGGGCCAAUUUCAAGGUGUGCAAGCUCAUAUUAGAGUCAAAUACCCUAAAGCUAUUUACGUGCAUUGCGCAGCUCAUUCGCUAAAUUUAGCCGUAUCUACUGCAAGCAAUAUAAAACCAAUAAGAAAUUGUUUAGGUAUUAUUGAAAAAUUAUACAACUUUUUCAAUACUCCUAAACGAAAUCAUGUGUUAUUAUCUACUAUCGAAAAUAGUGACGUUGAUCAAAAAAUAAAAACAUUAAAAAGGCUAUGCGCAACUCGAUGGGUGCAAAGAUACGAUGCUGUUCAUGAUUUUAUUGAACUUUUUAAGUUUGUAGUAGAUGCUUUAGAAUGUAUAUCAGAUUGGAAGGAUUCGUCUGCUAUAGAUGCAUCAUUACUUCUAAAAUCAAUGGACUCUGAAUUCCUAAUUUCAAUUAAUAUUGUUCAGCUAAUGUUUUCAUUUGGUCUACCGUUAUGUAAACAAUUACAAAAAACCAAAAUUGACCUAAAAGAAGCCAUUGAUCUGGCGCAAGAUACUAUCAAUGAGCUUAAAAAAAUUAGAGACAAUUGUGAAUAUGAAUUUGAAAAUAUAUUUUCAAAAGCAAAGGAAAUGGCUGAUGAAGUAGAUAUUGUAUUAAAAAUUAAAAGAAUAUCAAAAACACAAACUAACCGAGCUAAUCCAAAUGAUAAUACUUCCAAUCCAAUUUCAAAUGUUCAAGAUUACUAUAGAAUAACUGUCUUUAUCCCAUAUAUUGAUUAUUUCACAAGUCAAUUGACAGAAAGGUUUUUGUCACAUUCUAAAGUGUUCAAUGGUUUUGAAUGUUUGUUUUCAAAUAGUGUUGAUCUAACCGAAAAUGACAAAGCAUAUUUUAAAGAGUUAGUGGAAUUCUAUUCACCACAAAUCGAUAAAAAUAAUGCAAUAGCUGAAUUGAGGCUUUGGCGGGCUAAGCUCCAAAGAAGUGGGAUUAUUCCUAAAACAGGAAUUGAUGCUCUUAGUGAAUGCAAUUCAGAAAUAUAUCCAAAUAUUAAUCUAUUAUUAAAAAUAUUAUGCACAUUACCAGUUUCUACUACAACUCCCGAACGUAUGUUUUCAGCUCUCAAACGAGUUAAAACAUAUCUCCGUAACACAAUGUCUGAAGAUCGAUUAAAUGGUUUAACAAUGAUGGCUGUACAUAAAUCAAUUGCAAUUAAUCCUGAUGAUGUAAUUGACGAGUUGGCUAAACAGCCAAGAAAAUUAGAAUUUAUUUUAUAAACGUACAGAAUUAUUAUGUUAAUAUGUUAUUAUAUACAUUAUAAUUAUU